GCAACAACCCGGCGUUAUGGGUAGUACUACCUGCAGGUGAGUAUAGCCUCAGGAUUCUAUUGGGUGUUCCCCGUCACUGCGCUGCCAGCCACUUGUGUUGGCUCAAGGGUGAUUACAAACCCAAUGCGCGUAUCCUGGCCUUGUGGAAUCCGAGAGACUAAGCUGCAUAUAAAAGAAGCACAUAUUCAUCUUGUAGAAGCCCGACUUCAAACACCAAAUCUCGCAAAAGCAUUUUCUUCUAGUACCUUCAAUUCUUCAGAAGUCCCCUCAGAAAACCUUCUAUCAACUCCCAACCCUAACCGCAACCAUGGGUGUUCCCUUCUACAGACUCACCGUCCCCGUCUUCGUCCGCGCCCUUACAAACCUCUCCGCAAUCCUCAAAGUCGCCGAAGCCCACGCCAAAACCAACAAUAUCGACCCCGCGACGCUUCUUGAAGCCCGCCUGUACCCCGAUAUGGGCUCGCUGCCCUUCCAAAUCCAACGCUGCAGCGACUCAGCCAAGUUCGCCGCAGUGCACCUCGCAGGUGCCGAGAACUUGUCCAUGCCCGACACCGAAACCACGUUCGAGCAGCUGCAUGAGCGCAUCCAGAAGACAGUGGGCUUUCUAAACGCUACCGAUGAGAAGGCGUGGGAGGGGAAGGAGACGCUCGUAGUGAAGUACAGGAUGGGGCCGAUCGAGCGGUCUGACCCGGGAGAGAAGUAUUUGCUAGAGUUUACUCUUCCGAACUUUUUCUUCCAUGUGGCGACGGCGCAUGAUAUUUUGAGGAACCAGGGGGUGCCAAUUGGGAAGAUGAACUAUCUGGCCGGAGGAUUCAUGUGAGGUGAUUACCCAGCAUGAGUGUGAUGGACAAGGGGUCAGAAUUUUACCACUAAAAAUAAGCGAGUUGCCUGUGUUAUUCUUUCGAAGUAGUAGAGCAUGGAAAUCCUUCAAAUUUACCGU